AUGGAAGGUAAUUCGAAUAGUGGAGUAUUGAUUUCCAGAAGAAAGUUGAAAAAAUCCUUCAUUAACAAGCUUAAAACUAAAAUUAAAUUCCAUUCAAUAUUGAAAAAAAUGAGUCAUUCCUAUAGCGAAAUUGAAGAACUAGGCAAUUUGCCAUCCGAGCAAUACCAAACCGAAUCAUUCAGAAAAUUAAUUAAUCAGUUUCUUGAAUUGUUACAAAAACAUCCUAAUCUUUCACCUUUUCAGGUACCUGCAUAUUUUGAUAAACAAUUCUUUUGUUGUUUGUGGUUGGAACUGAAUAAAGUACUUACUCCAGAACAUCAAUACAAUGUCUCUCGAUCGAGAAUGAAGAGGAAAGACAUGAUUGAAAUGAGUGCUAAACAUAGAGAAGUGGUUAUGGAAGAAAUGAGGAAACUUGUGAAAAAAUUGGAAUGUGAGGAAUAUGUAUGUUCUCAUACGGUGAAGGAAGUGGAAUCGAGUGGAAUUCGUGGAAUGGUGGAUUUUGGAGUGAAGUUUGAUGGAAAGAUUGUCAAGAUUGGAACUGCUUUUGUAAUUAAUCCAAAUUUUGAGGAGGGAAAAUCAUUGAUUACUGUUAUUAGUAUGCAAAAGGGAUGCUAUCCAUUCUUGCCCCCUUAUGAAUUUAAACCCCAUUCAAUUAUAUCAUAUCCAUGGAACUUGAUGAGAAGAAGUACAGAAUCACAGAAGGAAAUUGAGGAAAAGAUGGAAAAUUUCUCCAGUGUUAUACCAGAUCAGUCAGAUGUUGGAUAUCUCGAUACUUUCAUAAAGAAUAAUUCCAAGAAACGUUCGAUUGAAGAUUUGGAUGGAAGUAAACUGGUAGAAAUGAACAGAAAGCUACUGAAACUGUCAAAGGAUUUAAAAACAGAAAAUGAAGAGUUGAAAGAAUCUAAAAAAGCUCUAGAGAAAGAAAAUUUAAAGCAAAAGAAUUUACUCCUCGCUCUAAGGGCCAUGAUGGAUGCGUCUAGUCUGUAA